ACUUUCCAGGGUUUCUGCAGCUUUUGCGAGCACCAUCUCAGCCUGUUUCUUGUAUUCCUUGCACUGUACACUCUAACCCUGGCUGGCAAUGUGGUCAUCGUGACCAUCAUUAGUGUGGAUCGUCACCUGCACACACCCAUGUACUUCUUCCUGAGCAUGCUGUCCGCUUCAGAGACCAUAUAUAUACUUGUCAUUAUACCCAAAAUGCUCUGUAACCUCGUAGGCCUGAGUCAGCCCAUCUCCUUGGCUGGCUGUGCCACUCAGAUGUUCUUCUUCAUCACCUUGGCCAUCAACAACUGCUUCCUACUCACAGCAAUGGGCUAUGACCGCUACGUGGCCAUCUGCAACCUCCUGAGGUACACAGUCGUCAUGAACAAGAAGGUGUGCAUGCAGUUGGUGGGGGGUGCCUGCAGCAUUGGGCUGAUCGUAGCCAUGACGCAAGUGACAUCUGUGUUCAGGUUGCCUUUCUGUGCUACGAAGGUGGCCCACUUCUUCUGUGACAUCCGACCUGUGAUGAAGCUCUCUUGCAUUGACACCUCGGUCAAUGAGAUCCUGACUGUGAUCAUCAGUGUGCUGGUGCUCGUGGUUCCCAUGCGCCUGGUCUUCAUCUCCUACAUCCUCAUCAUCUCCACCAUCCUCAAGAUCCCUUCCGCCCAGGGCCGGAAGAAGGCCUUCGUCACCUGUGCCUCCCACCUCACGGUGGUCAUCGUCCACUAUGGCUGUGCCUCCAUCGCCUACCUCAAGCCCAAGUCUGAGAACACCAGGGAUCAGGACCAGCUGAUCUCUGUGACCUACACCGUCAUCACGCCCCUGAUGAACCCAGUGGUCUAUACCCUGAGGAACAAGGAAGUCAAGGAUGCUCUGCUUGAGGCCAUGGGCAGGAAGCUUCCCUGA